AUGCAGAUGUUGCAGCGCCAAAUCAUUUCCGAACAGCUGCAGGAACUGCAGAGGAGACAACAGCUCCAAGAGUUGGGCAAUGACAACAGAAACCAGAACUAUGCGCAUCAGAUAUCUUUGGCAAAACAGGCUGCUAAAGAAAUGGCCGUACAAGAUUCUUCACGAAGGUUUACGGCUGGCAAUAUGAAAUUGAUCCAACAAAAUGGGCCAAAUGGAUUAUUUCUUUCACAAAAUCACAAUCUUGCUCCUGAUUUUGACGUAUCUUCACUUAGAAUUCAUGCACCGAUUGCUGGUGACAAGUUCAACGACUAUUCUCACCUCCAAGGGCUGGCCAAUAAGAACCAAGCCCCCGUAGAUAGCUCAUUUGCGGGUCAAAGAUACAAUUUUUCGACCGAACAGGUUACUGUGGGGGAUAGGUUAUUGCUUUCUAAUAAAGAGGAUAAUUCGUUCGGGCAAGCUGGAAGUUUCGAUAGCGGAAUUUUCUCCAGUAAUUACAUCCAACGAGGAUUUACUGUGCAGAAAAGUGCAUCAGUUCUUGAAUCUGAGAAAGGGGGUGAAGAUGAUUGUUCCUUAGAUCCAUUAGAACAGAAGAUCCUGUACAAUACAGAUGAUUUCAGCUGGGAGUCAACACUUGGCAGAAACAGCAAAAUGAGCUCAAGAGGAUUUGAUAGCAAAGUUGAGAUGCCGUUCAUGCAAAGUGGUAGCUGGAGUGCUUUGAUGCAGUCUGCCGUGGCAGUGAGUUCGAGCAGUGAUGCUGGUGUACAAGAAGAGUGGAGUGGAUUGAGCUUUCAGAAUCCAGAACCAUUGAAUGAAGGUGAAAAGCUUCAGAAUGAUUGGGUUGAUAGGAAUUUGCAGAAUACCUCAUCUCCAAGUUCAAAGCUGCACGAUAUGGUUCAGAAUAUCGACAGCUUCAGUAAUUUUCAAUCUGCACUAUAUCUUAAACAUGAGGAACAUCAACCCACAGGAGGCAGUAAGUUGAUUCAAGAAUCUUUAGCUUCGCCAAAUAUAUGGUCUGGUGAACAUACGGAGCUCUCAAACAAUGAUCCCCAUCAGAAUAGCAAUUUUUCAUGCACUAAUGAAAACCAUCCACACAAUAACUUCUCAGGUGAUUUUGAGCCUCAAGGGAUCACAUACGAUUGUGUGUCUGGCAUCCAAAAGAACUAUACUCAGGUGAACGAGAUGAAUAGUCGUGGGCAUUCAGUGAAACCAGAAAAUAUGACUCCUGAUGGGGUUUGUAGUGGUGAAAAUGUGAUUUCUUCAAGAGUAAGUGUGUUCGAGCAUCGUAACAUGGAUGACACUUCAAUCGAUCAAACAUCUGCAAUGCAGUUGAAUGCAAAAGUUUCAAAUCCGAGAAAUUUACCUGACACUGGAUUUAGAUUGGGGCCCGCAGACAAUCAGUUGCCACAUUUAUACUCUUCGUUCUCCUUACCGUCGAUGGGUAUCUCAAGUGCAACACCUCCAUCAAAUGAUAUCACAAUAGAUUAUAUGAAAUAUCAACAUUCAGCUCCACUUGUUCAAGGUCAGAUGGCUACUGAAUUCCCAGUGCAUAGUGCUUCAGUCUCUCAUGAUACUUCUGAAAUGAAAAUUUCCAACUCAAGUGGCUCCGAAGUUCCAGUUUUGCUGAAUCAGAAUGAAGGGUUCCCGCCCUCUCUAUGGCCAGAAAUCCAGUGUUCUUUUCCUCAUGAAUAUCAACAACUAAAGAAAGAAUAUUCUGCUUUCGAGGGCUCGACUGAGAUAAUUAACACAAAAUUGCUGAGCAGAAGGGCACAGGAGCAAGAUUUAAUGAGAAAACAUAUCUCAAGUUCAGCCAAAUCUGGUUCGCUGAUCACUAAUUCGUGCGACCAGGCUUUUAAUGAAGCAGAGAUUAAAAUGGAAACACCUUCAUUUCCUGCCAGGGACAUUGGGCCGUUUCGCUAUUCUUUGAACCAAAAUUACUCUCCUUCUCACCAAAUGCUUUCCACAAGAAAUGAUGAAACUGAUGAAGUUCGGAACUUCUCUCCAAAAUAUGCUAAUAUUAAAAAUGAUCACUUCAUUGGCAAUGCAAGGAAUUUAUUGUUGAGGGCAUUGCAGCACAAAGAUAGUGCAAAAAAGGAUUUGUAUUCUGCUUCAGGGCUCGGUGUUUUUUGGUCUGAAAAAACUUCUAUGCUUCACAAUCAGAACUAUGCCCAACAGGCAGUUAUCUUUCGCCAAAACCUUCCAACAAGCAUGAGUGACACUCCUAAUUUGGCAUAUCAGUCACAAAUCAGUUCAGAAACCGCACCAUCCUGGCUUAAGAAUUACGAGACAUUGAAGAAUGGGCAGAUUCUACCCAUUUAUGAUGCAGCAUCUCAAAAUAAUCCAGCGAAACAAAUGGGUCCUGGGAAAUCAGUCGAAAAUAGUUUAAUUAUGCAAUUGGACUUGGUGAACACUGAACAAGGAAGCAGAUUGUGUCGAUCAACAGCUGUCACCACUAUGGCGACCAACAAAUCGAGCACUGCUUGCGUUUUGCCCACUUUCCAGACCUUGGGUCUUUCGAUGCCAAAGAAACGUAAUUUUUCUGAACUUGAUAUGGUACCCUGGCAUGAAGAAGUAAAUCACGGACAAUCGAAGCUCCAAGAUAUUAGCACUGCUGAGUGUAUAUGGGCUCAAGCUUCUAAUCGAAAGCCAGAAGAGGCAAGUAAUGCAACUGUUAAUGUUGAAGAAAUCCUUCCAGUGGUUCGAGCUAAAAAACGGCUUAUUUGUACUACACAACAUAUGCAGCAGAUCUUUCAACCUAUACCAGUAAUUAUUCUGUGCUCAGAUGCUAGUCUCAAUUGUGAUAGUGUGGCAUAUGUUGCUGCUAGAUUAGAGUUGGGAGAUGCAUGGUGUCUGACUGGUCAGUUGGCAUCUAAUACCAAUAACAUGUCACCGUACAAGCUAAAGACUUCAAAUGAAAAAGAAGCCUGCGAAUUCUCAGAGCUUGUGAAAGCCUUCACUGAUCGCAUAAAAAAAGUUGAAGCUGAUUUAUCAAGAGUUGACAAAAGCUUAUCAUUUGUCGACUUUAAAGUCCAAGCGAGUGAAUUGGAGAGAUUCUCCACAUAUAACCGCUUUGCAAGGUUCCACCCAAUGCGGGCCCAACCUGCUCCUAGUAAUGCAUUGCCUUCUCACACAGCUACUUUGUUCAACCCUGGCCUUCAAAAAUAUAUAAUUCCACGUGCAAUGCCUGAAAUAGUACCAGAAGGACAAAAUUGUAUUUCCUUGUGA